GGAGCGGCGGGCCUCACCCUGACGCAGGCCUCGACGGUCUUUCUGCUCGAGCCGGCGCUGCAGCCCGGCAUCGAGCGGCAGGCGGCAGGCCGCAUCGCGCGGAUCGGGCAGAGCGAGGAGACCCGCUGCGUGCGGCUCCUCAUCAAGGACACCGUCGAGACAAAGAUUGUGGAGUGGCAGCGG